AGGAAGAGAGAGAGAGACACACAGACACAGAGAGAAAACGCAAUUGAGCAAUGAGAGAAAGACUACAGCUUAAGAUUCUCUCUCUCUCCUUCUCGUUUUCUCUCUCUUCUUCUUUCUAUGAUUGUUGAGCUGAACAACGAGCCGGUGCGGAAGGCCGAGUGAACUGAGUCGGACUCGGCCGAGUUAUGGGCUGCUGCCUGUCCUUGCUUCCACCGCGACGGCAGAAGACGGAAGAGAAGAACAACAACAACAACGGCAGGCUACAACAGCAGCAGAAUCAGAAUCAGUAUCAUCCUCAGCAGAACAACAAAAGCGCGGCCUCGGCGUUUAACAACGCCACGUCGUAUGCGAGCAGCAACGGUCCGGGAGUGUCCAACGGAAACGACGCCGUAACGGUGCCGGGUUUCUCGGAGUUCUCGCUGGCGGAGCUGAGAGCGGCGACGAACAACUUCAGCUCCGACUUCAUCGUCUCCGAGAGCGGCGAGAAGGCCCCCAAUGUCGUCUACAAGGGGAGGCUACAGAAUAACAACAACCGCCGCUGGAUCGCCGUCAAGAAAUUCGCCAAGCUGGCCUGGCCGGACCCCAAACAAUUCGCCGAUGAAGCUUGGGGAGUAGGGAAGCUGAGGCACAAGAGGCUUGCGAAUUUGAUCGGAUAUUGCUGCGACGGCGACGAGAGGCUGCUGGUGGCUGAGUACAUGCCUAAUGAUACUCUUGCCAAGCAUCUCUUCCACUGGGAAAAUCAGACCAUUGAGUGGACCAUGCGAUUAAGAGUUGCUCUAUCCAUUGCUGAAGCAUUGGAUUAUUGCAGUAGUGAAGGCCGUCCGUUGUACCAUGACUUGAAUGCGUAUAGGGUUCUCUUUGAUGAGAAUGGUGAUCCUCGACUUUCUUGUUUUGGGUUGAUGAAAAACAGUAGGGAUGGAAAAAGUUACAGCACUAAUCUCGCCUAUACUCCUCCUGAAUAUCUUAAAAAUGGAAGGGUGACUCCGGAAAGUGUUACCUUCAGUUUUGGGACUGUCCUUUUAGAUCUUCUCAGUGGGAAGCACAUACCUCCAAGUCAUGCUCUUGAAAUGAUUCGGGGUAGAAACAUUCUUCUGUUAAUGGAUUCACAUCUUGAGGGUAAUUUUUCAACUGAAGAGGCAACCGUGGUUUUUGAUCUUGCUUCACAAUGUUUGCAAUAUGAACCUAGGGAGCGGCCGAAUACCAAAGACCUUGCUGCAACACUUGCCCCACUGCAAAAUAAAUCUGAUGUUCCAUCGUAUGUGAUGCUGGGAAUUCCAAAGCAUGAGGAAGCACCUCCGACUCCACAACACCCUCUUUCUGCCAUGGGUGAUGCCUGUUCAAGGAUGGACCUGACAGCUAUCCAUCAGAUAUUGGUAAUGACACACUACAAAGAUGAUGAAGGAACCAAUGAGUUGUCUUUCCAAGAAUGGACUCAGCAAAUGAAAGAUAUGUUGGAUGCAAGAAAGCGUGGAGACUUGGCAUUCCGUGACAAAGAUUUUAGAUCUGCGAUAAAUAGUUAUUCUCAGUUCAUAGAUGUUGGGACCAUGGUUUCUCCAACUGUCUAUGCACGGAGAAGUCUUUGUCAUCUGCUUUGCGAUCAACCAGAUGCUGCCCUCCGAGAUGCAAUGCAAGCACAAUGUGUCUACCCCGACUGGUCCACUGCGUUUUACAUGCAGGCAGUUGCUCUUGCCAAGCUAGAUAUGCACAAGGAUGCAGCUGACAUGUUGAAUGAGGCUGCUGCGCUUGAAGAAAAAAGAAAACAAAGAGGGAGAUGAUCGUGAAAACUGCCUUGUAAUUAUUUGUUCCUGUAUUACAAUUGCCACCAUAUUGUUGUAUCAAGCUGCUACAGCUGUUGUUGUAACAAAACAUGCAGGUUUAUGUACAAUAGAAAAUGGGAGUUGUUUCAAUCAAAAAUGUCAGAUUUUUUUCUGCAUC